CUCCUCUCUCUCUCUCUCUCUCUCUCUCUCUCUCUCUCGCGUGGUAGACUUCCCUAAACCUUACUCUCUUCCUUGCUUCCGGCGCCCAGAAUCCUCCAUCGCUCGUCGGGGAGCGUCGCCGCUCGUAAUGGUGCUCUGAUCCGCCCUUGGAAGGCCACGCGACGGGAGUUCUCGACCCGGGCGGCGUGCCGGCAUAGCAACGACCCGGCCGGUGGGGAAAGCUAGCUCCUUUCCAGCCAAGGCGGAGCCGGUCGUGCUAGGUUGCGCGAAUGGGUGGUCCCGUCGUGGUUUGAUGGAAGCGGCUCUGGGAACUCCUGGGGUCGAUAUAUGGAGGUGAAGCCCUCGCUUCCUCGCGGGGUGUCGUCGAGGGCAGCAUUUCGCUUGUCGGUGCUUGUCGCAGCUGUCACUCUUGAGUUUGUGUUGCUUCUGGUGUGUUUUGGAGGAACCGGUGCAAAAUCUCAAGACAGUGAGCUGCUGUUUUCGCAAAAUCCUAAGGUGGGGGAGAAAGAUGUUCAACUCACGCACUCAUGCAUCCAUGAUGAGAUACUCCAUCAGAGGCGUCGGCCUGGUCGAAAAGAAUACUCCGUUACUCCACAAAUUUAUUACCAGUCUAGUUUGUCGAGGUCACGCCAUAGUGGUGGACGAGCUUUGCUUGAGGUGUCCUCGGCACCUUUGCUGCAAAAGGAUGCAAAGCAGCCCAUCCGGAUACUUUUGAACUAUGAUGCUGUGGGGCAUUCUCUUGAUAGGGAUUGCCAAAAUGUUGGUGAACUCGUGAAGCUUGGUGAACCACCUGUAACAUCAGUUCCAAGAACCCCUGUGUGCAAGACUCAUGGGGAUCGGCCAGUAUUUGCAGAUUGUUGGUACAACUGCACAUCGGAAGACAUUUCAGGGGAGGAUAAAAAAAGACGCCUUCGAAAGGCACUAGGACAAACAGCAGAGUGGUUCAAAAGUGCUUUAGCAGUUGAACCUGUCAAGGGAAACUUACGGUUGAGUGGAUAUUCUGCAUGUGGACAGGAUGGUGGGGUGCAACUCCCCCAUGAAUAUGUUGAAGAUGGUGUUUCUGAUUCAGACCUGGUUCUCUUGGUAACCACUAGACCCACAACUGGCAACACUCUUGCUUGGGCAGUGGCAUGUGAACGAGAUCAAUGGGGUCGUGCAAUCGCAGGUCAUGUAAAUGUCGCUCCCCGUCAUUUAACAGCUGAAGCUGAAACGUUACUUUCAGCUACUUUGAUACAUGAGGUCAUGCAUGUUUUAGGUUUUGAUCCUCAUGCCUUUGCACACUACCGUGAUGAGAGAAAAAGAAGGCGUAGCCAGGUCACUGUUCAAGUUAUGGAUGAGAAGCUUGGGCGUAUGGUCACACGUGUGGUCCUGCCUCGAGUUGUUAUGCAUGCCAGACAUCACUAUGGGGCAUUUUCUGAAAAUUUUACUGGCUUAGAGUUGGAAGAUGGAGGGGGUCGUGGUACAUCAGGAUCUCACUGGGAGAAAAGACUUCUAAUGAAUGAAAUUAUGACAGGAUCUGUCGAUACAAGAUCUGUAGUUUCAAAAAUGACUUUGGCUUUAUUAGAGGACAGUGGGUGGUAUCAUGCUAAUUAUAGCAUGGCAGAUCACCUUGACUGGGGUUGGAAUCAAGGAACUGAAUUUGUUACAUCUCCUUGCAAUCACUGGAAAGGGGCAUACCGAUGCAACACUACUCAGUUGUCAGGCUGUACAUACAACAAGGAGGCAGAAGGGUAUUGUCCUAUUGUAAGCUAUAAUGGGGACUUGCCAAAAUGGGCUCAAUAUUUCCCACAGGCUAAUAAAGGUGGGCAAUCAUCAUUGGCAGACUAUUGCACAUAUUUUGUUGCUUAUUCUGAUGGUUCUUGCACAGACACCAACAGUGCACGUGCACCUGAUAGAAUGUUAGGUGAGGUCCGAGGAAGUAACUCCAGGUGCAUGACUUCAUCAUUGGUGCGCACAGGCUUUGUGAGGGGCUCUACCACUCAGGGUAAUGGUUGUUAUCAACACAGGUGUACAAACAACACUUUAGAGGUUGCUGUGGACGGUGUUUGGAAGGUCUGUCGUGAAUCUGGUGGUCCUGUUCAAUUUUCAGGAUUCAAUGGUGAGCUGAUAUGCCCAGCAUAUCAUGAGUUGUGCAGUGGUGCACCGGUGCCUAUAAUUGGCCAAUGUCCUGGCUCCUGUAGUUUUAAUGGUGAUUGCAUAGAUGGGGAGUGCCACUGCUUCCUUGGGUUUCAUGGUGAUGACUGCAGCCAAAGAUCAUGUCCACGAAAUUGUAGCGAGCAUGGCACAUGCCAUCCAAAUGGUGCCUGUCAGUGUGACAGUGGCUUUGCUGGCAUUGAUUGCUCCACUGCUAUUUGCGAUGAGCAGUGCAGCUUGCAUGGAGGAGUAUGUGACAAUGGUGUUUGUGAGUUCCGCUGUUCCGAUUAUGCUGGCUAUACUUGCCAGAACAGCUCCUCGUUGCUGCCUAGCCUUUCGAUUUGUGGUGAUGUGCUAGCUCAGGAUGCAUUUGGACAACACUGUGCGCCAAGUGAACCAAGCAUACUCCAGCAGCUUGAAUCAGCUGUAGUAAUGCCUAAUUACAACCGGUUGAUGCCAGGUGGCCGGAUGCUGUUUAGCAUCCUUAAUAAUGGCCACUGUGCUGCUGCAGCAAAGCGGCUCGCCUGCUGGAUCUCAAUCCAACGUUGUGACAAGGAUGGAGAUAAUAGGCUCCGGGUGUGCCACUCUGCUUGCCGGUCAUAUAAUGCGGCAUGUGGGGCCAGCCUCGAUUGCUCAGACCAAACUCUUUUCGGCAGCGAGGAGGAAGGGGACGGGCAGUGCACAGGCUACGGCGAGAUGCGACCAUGGUGGAUGAGACGCAUCGGCAAUCUGUACUCACAAAACCAGCAGUACCUGUAAAGCCUUGUUUUUCCUGUUUGUAUCUCUUUUCUCCAUUAUUUUUCUCUUCUCAAGCUUCUGUUCUAGGACUAGUCACGCCUGUAUUUUGCGUGCCAAAAGGUUAGGGCAGGGAAAAUCCUUGAAGAAGAGGAUCCAUGGGUGUUUCGUGGUAUGUAGUUGGGCUUGUUCUAAGAACUAGCCUGGCUGACAGCAAAAUGGGAGGAGGGUAGUGUGGAAACAGCUGAAUGUAUUUAGUAUUUAUUCUAUUAUGAGUUUCUUGAAGAUA